AUGGUGGCACAUGGCUUACCAACUCUCUAUGCCUUGGAGAGUGUACAAAGUUCAAAGCUCAAGGGUUUUGUGACUUUGAAGUCUCCAAGAGAAUCAGUUUCAGAUGCUCAAGUUGGAGCUGUUGUUGCACCUCAAAUCUCGAAGCAAAACAAACAAUGUACUGGUUUCUGGGUUUCAUAUUAUUUGAGAGUUGAAAUGAAUCCUGAGAAUAACAUAGAAGAAGAAUACGUUUUGAUGAGUUUGGCUUCAAUUUUGUUGAAGAGACCUUUUUCAUGGGUCUCUCUCCUCGCCCCUCCACUUCUUCACAUCCUUGGCAUUCGCUUCUUACAUCUCCUCCUUACUUGUACUGCUUUGUUCUUCUCCUCUUUCUUCUUCCCAAUCUCACUUCCUCAUUCUUCAAUACAAUCAUCAAAACAAGAUCAAGAUCAAGAAGGACACUAUAUUGCCACCAAAGAUAUUACCGGGAAAUCGGAGGAAAACCUGGAGAAGACCAAUGAAGAGGAUGACGAUGGCGCAAUCCCGGAUGAUGAGAGCCUCAUAGAGCUGUCUUUACCGAGUGGUCACUACCUUGGUCACCACUACAAUAGUAACAAGAACCAUCUCUAUAUCCACAACAAAGUACAAGAUUUCAGGCUCUUUGAUCUAUUGAAUGAAAUUAACGAUUUUACCGAAGAAGAUAAUCUCAUUGAAAUCGAUAUCUCCAUCGGAUCCAUUAAGUAUUCAAGGUUUGAGAUCAAAGCUUGAUGUAUAUACAUCCAAUGCUUUUUUUUCUUUCUUUUUGUGUGCACAACAUCCAUUUUGCUUUCUUACUUUUUUUUCCCAUGUUGGGGAUUUCGUAUCAUUAUUAUCUGAAUAAAACUCGGAUACUGCAAACUAAUUUUUUUUUAAUUUUUUUUUUUGCACUUCACUGUGCUCUUUGUUUUUUUAAUGUUGUUAAUUUAAU